AUGUCAGGCUAUAAAGAUCUCGAAUCCCUUAUAACGCCCUCCCUCCUGACUCUCAUCGCCGAAGCUCAGGUCCCAUGGUCUAAGACUGAGCGACUUGAUUUUGCCGAGGUCGCUGCAAAUAUGCCUAACAAGCGCUUUCGAGAGGCUUGCAAGGCCAGUACUGCCCGCGACGCUCUCCUUGCCCUUAGCAAGCUGAGCCCCGACGCAACUAUCCCGCCCAGUCUCGACCUCAUGUCUUUCCUUCCACCCCCUGGAUCACCAGACUUCCCGCAGCAAUGCUACGGACUGCAGUGCAUGCUGGACCAGGCAUCACGUGUGCUAUUUGACGGCAUCGGUGGGCGAUGGCAAUCUGCAUAUUUUGGCCCGUUGGCACGUCAACUUGCGGGACAAUGGUAUGCCCUGCCAGAAGCCCUGCGGCCCGAUAAGUGGGAGCGAUGGCGCGACGAAGCGGGUGUCAGCUUUGAUUAUUGGAUCGUGAUGCAGACUUUAUGGUCGGCGCCCUUUCUGCAUGCAGAGGAUCUGGAUAGCCAGAGGAUCGGAGUCAUCCUAGCAGAAGAGACGCGAAAAACUAUACAGACUUACUCGGGAGAACGUGAUCCGUAUCACAAGGAACGAGAGGCAAUAUUAGGAAACGACAAGAUUUUCCUGCAAGAGGUGUUCAAAGGCCCAAUCGACCAGUUCGGGCCUCGUAUAACAUUGAGCGAAUGGGCAUAUUGGUGGUGCAUGAUCAAGGACGCUCACUGGCCUAUCAUCCGCCGAUUUGGGCGGUAUCCAUACCGUAACGCGAUUCUAGGCAGGGAUAGUACCGAGGAAGAGAAGGAGUGGCUCGAAGCUACGGGACACGUUGCUGAGGCACCACCAGACAUAGCGGCCAGGAUACGAGAAGACAUUGAGAAGGGGAGUUGGACGUUACUUGGGGAGGAGUAA